AGAAGCGCUGGCGGUCAAGGAUGCUGCCUUAGCAUGUCCUGACAUGGAGAUGGUAGACAAGGUCAUCAGGACACUGGCCGCGUUAUUGUCGAACUCUAGCAACGCGAGCCAGCGCUUUCAGUACCUCCAGAAGACAAUCUGCAAGACUAAUUUAGAGGUCCAAGGCAUUCACACCGUCAGAUGGUUGUCACGCGGGGAGGCUGUGCGUCGGUUGUGCAGGGUGCUCGGCGCCUCGAUUGUUCUUCUGGCUGAGAGCAAGCACAAGCUGUACGAGACAGUCAUAUCGUACAAGUUUCAGUUUUGUCUUUUCUUCCUUGCGGACGUCCUCGCCAUCAUGAACGAGCUCAACCUCAAGUUCCAGAAGAAAGAGAUAGCCAAAGACAUUGACGAGGCUACGGGAGACAUGCGCCGGUGCUACCUUGAGUGCGAGGACAUCUUCGGAGCUGGCGAGAGCCCUGUGCUGUCGGAGUUUCUAACGCUGUACGGGCGGGGUGGGGGGAAAAAGGUGCGGGUGCGCGGCGUGGAGACUGAAGGACAUCCCGUUUCCCGCGUCUACAAACUGCACGAGCGACACCUGAAAGGGCAUGUGUACGGCAGCACGUACAAGGAGUGCGAGAAGCUGUGCACCAAGUUUGCACAGGAAUGUGUGACCAGGCUUAACUUCCGCCUCUCCGAUCUCAGGAAGCUGGCACCCACGAAGCUGUUCCGAGCUUCCAAGUGGCCGAAGCAACGGCAGCAGCGCGACAGGAAGGUCCGGGAGUACCUUCACGGAUGCAGUGCUAUCUUUGGCGACAAACUCCCGGGCUUCGACAUGACUGCUGCCGAGAGGGAGCUUCAGACGUGGGCGCCAAUCAUGGAGGCGCACCAUGAGGAUGAGGGCUUUUUCCAGGGUCUGCGCAACUUCAUGAACACAACCGAGGCCUCCAGGCGCCCUGCCAAGGCACCAGUUUUUGCAGCAGCUGAGAGGAAGCGCAAGGAGAAAGAGCUCUCUGAAGAUGAGGUGCAGGAGAAAGAGGACCGCGUGUGUGAGUGGGGGGAGGAGCAGGAUUCAGAUCAGGACGGUGAGGAGGGGUUUGCGGGUGCAGGCCAGGAGGAUGCCUCAGACAACCCGUUCCUUUCGGAGAACGAGGGAGAUGAAGCCGACGAUGGCGAUGACAGGAUCGAGAUGGCUGUUCCAGAGCUCUAG